CACAUGACAGAGCAAUAUGGCGGCCGCCAAGCGGGUUUUAUAUGUUGGAGGACUGGCCGAGGAGGUGGAUGAGAAGAUCCUGCAUGCAGCCUUCAUCCCAUUUGGAGAUAUUACAGACAUACAGAUCCCUCUGGACUAUGAGACAGAAAAGCACAGAGGAUUUGCUUUUGUGGAGUUUGAGCUUCCAGAGGAUGCUGCCGCAGCUAUUGAUAACAUGAAUGAAUCAGAAUUAUUUGGAAGAACAAUACGAGUGAAUUUGGCAAAACCUAUGCGUUUGAAGGAAGGUUCUUCUAAAGCAGUGUGGUCUGACGAUGACUGGCUCAAGAGAUUCUCUGGGAAAACUCUAGAAGAGAAUGAAGAAGCUGAGGGGACAGAAGCGCCCAAAGCAGCAGCAGAGGAGGGAGAGCCGCCUGCUAAAAAAGUUAGAGCCAAUCCUCAAGUUUACAUGGACAUCAAAAUUGGAAACAAGCCUGCUGGGCGUAUUAGGUUUUUACUGCGUGCUGAUGUUGUUCCAAUGACAGUAGAAAACUUUCGCUGCCUCUGCACUCAUGAAAAGGGAUUUGGUUUCAAAGGUAGCAGCUUCCACAGAGUCAUCCCACAGUUCAUGUGUCAGGCAGGAGACUUCACAAACCACAAUGGUACAGGAGGGAAAUCUAUCUAUGGAAGGAAGUUUGAUGAUGAGAACUUCAUUCUGAAACACACAGAACCAGGUUUGCUUUCUAUGGCAAAUUCUGGUCCCAAUACAAAUGGCUCCCAGUUCUAUAUCACAUGUGACAAGACAGAUUGGCUUGAUGGGAAACAUGUAGUGUUUGGAGAAGUGAUGGAGGGAAUGGAUGUGGUGCGUCAGAUUGAGGCACAAGGAAACAAAGAUGGAAAGCCUAAACAGAAAGUCAUUAUCUCAGAUUGUGGAGAAUACGUAUGACAUUGGACACUUUCUUUUAAAAUGAGCUUCUGCUUU